AUGAGCGUUUUGGUCACCGCCGCCAGUAUUCUCUCCCUUUUUGCCGGUCAAACAUUGGCCUGGCAAACGACCCAAGCACCGACGACAAGACGAUUUGGCUUGGUUUCGCCUCCACGACAAUCCACAACCCAACUGAAUCUGUUUGAUAAAAUCUUUGAAGAAGAAGGUAUCCUUGGAAAAGGAAUCACGGUCGGAAAAGUGCAAGUGGCCUUGACCAGCCCUACACGAGGUCCCGACUCCAUUUUUGGUAUCUUGGAGCGAGAAGCCAAUGACGACAAGAGUCUUCCGGAGCUGACCAAUGCAAUUUGCUUGGCUCUGAUGCGAAAAUCGGAUGAAUGGGUUGGUGCCGCCGGAGUCAGUGAAUGGUAUGGUCAGGACGAUUCUGGAAAAGCGGAGAGCAAAUUCAACGAUUUUGCCAACCGAGAAGCUGCCAAGUUCGAAAAGGAAUAUGUGCCUGAUGGCACCAGUGCCGAGACAGGUGGAGGCGCCACUCUUGUGGUGGUAAGUUUGGUUGUGGAAAUUGAAGGAGAUUCUACCGUGUUCAACCGUGCAGGCUACAGUAUCACAGAGACAAAGGAAGUUUUGGCUAGCAUUGCCAGUGAUUGCAUGGUUGACGAAGGUGACUGCUUGAAUGCUGUGGAAAUUUUCUGGUGCCCCAGUGAACGAAGUGAGGUGUUGACAAAGAUUGAUGUCAUCACUGAUUUCCCAGAAAUUAUCGACCUGUAA